AUGGAGCGCGAAUAUCUUCGGCGCAAGACUCAAUUAGUCGAUUAUUUUGACGCAGACGACAGUGAAAAUGAGAGCGAAGGACGUUUGGAAAUCAGUGAUAAUCAGGUUGAUCCAUUGGAUGCGUUUAUGCAAGAGAUUGAUGCUCAAGUGACGCAACAAAGCACAGCAUCGCUUCAACAAGUGGAACAGAAACCUCAAGUGCUGACUUUUGAGGAUAAUGACGCUGAUAUUUAUCUUGAAAACUACGUUAUGAAUACAAAGAUACAUCGAAUGCCUUUGGAAGACUCGGAUGAAGAAGUUUAUGCGACAGCAAAACAAAUGGACAGUGCGGUUGACAAUGGUGAAGAAUUUGAUAAAAAGGUGAUGGAAGUUUUGACGCCAAUUGACCAUUCGACGAUCCAGUACGAACCAUUUAGGAAAACAUUUUACACACUGCACAAUGAAACGGCAGCACUUGACGAACAUCAAGUGGCUCAAAUUCGAGCUGAAUUAAAUGUAAAAGUGCAUGGGACUCAUGUCCCAGCACCCGUGAGGUCUUUUAUGCAUCUUGGUUUUGAUCGAAAAAUGCUGCAGAUGCUUAUGAAACUUGGACUGGAAGCUCCGACAGCGAUUCAGUCGCAAGCUUUUCCGGUGGCUUUAUCAGGAAGAGAUUUAAUUGGAAUUGCCAAGACAGGGUCAGGAAAAACUUUGGCGUUUACGCUUCCAAUGGUUCGUCACGUGAUGGAUCAAAGAGAAUUGGAGAGAGGAGAAGGACCUAUUGCGGUCGUGCUGGCACCUACAAGAGAACUCGCACAUCAGACAUACGUGCAAGCAAAGAAAUUUUUGGCAGUGUAUGGAGCUUCAUGUGCGGCGGUUUACGGCGGAGCUGGCAAGUGGGAGCAGGUUCAAGCAUUGAAAAAAGGUGUUGAGGUUGUUGUUGCAACUCCAGGAAGGCUUAUCGAAAUGAUCCGGAAGAAAACGGCUCCUAUGAAUCGCGUGACCUUUGUAGUUCUUGACGAAGCCGACCGCAUGUUUGAAAUGGGAUUCGAGCCUCAGUUGCGCUCGGUCAUGGGGCAAGUACGCCCAGAUCGUCAAACACUUAUGUUUUCGGCUACUUUCCGUAGGAGGAUUGAGUCACUCGCAUUAGAUGUGCUUACUAAUCCCGUAAAGCUGACAAUUGGCCAGGUUGGCCAAGCCAACGAAGAUAUUCGCCAGAUUGCUGUAGUACUGCCAGGGCAUGGGGCAAAAUGGCCUUGGUUGAUGGCACAUAUACGCAAUUUAGUCGAUGAAGGCCGUUUGCUCAUAUUUGCCGGAAGCAAGGCUGGUUGUGAGGAGCUAGCAAAAAAUUUGGCGACGGCCUUUCCUGCGGCAUCUGCCCUCUGUUUGCAUGGUGACAAAACACAGCAGGAACGAGCGCAAGCGCUAGCGAAGUUCAAACAGGGCGAGUGUCGUGUUCUUGUCGCUACGGAUGUUGCUGCCCGUGGGCUGGAUGUCAAGGAUGUAAAAAAUGUGGUAAAUUUUGAUGUGGCCAAAAACAUCGAUACGCAUGUGCAUCGUAUUGGCAGAACUGGACGCAUGGGGCUUGAAGGAUUCGAGCUGGGUACUGCGUAUACGCUGGUUACUCGUAACGAGGCACAAUUUGCUGCACAGCUAGUCUAUAAUAUGGACGUUUCAGGACAGCCAAUUUCAUUGGAGCUACUUGCUUUAGCUAAACGGGACGCGCGCUUUCGUCGUGGUCGAGCUGCAACUGGCAGUGUCAAGGGUAUAGAAGACAGGCAGUGCGUUCCAUUAAACCACCAAGAACAAGAAUCUCACGACAGAAAUAAAGAUCAUGAUUUUGAUGCGGAGGACGCUGCUGAGUUGGAACGUUGGAGUGAUAGUCGCCAAAAGAGCAAGUUUGACCAACGCAAAGGUUUGGGUUUUGCAGGCGUUGGAAGUGUCAAAGCUGCAGGGGGUAAAUCUGUCAGAAUGCGCGGCUUCGUGAAGGCGUCGGCCUCCGCCACAUCGUUGUCUACUGCGUUUCGGUCUGGUUUUGUGAAGUCGACGUUGAAAUCCGAUGCUUUAGAACAGCCUCCGCCACCCGACGUUUCAUUUGUGAGCUCUCGAACGACACCUCCCGCGCCAGCAUCGGUCUCAUUGGCUUUAACGAGUCAAAUGAAUUCAAUUGGUGAGCCUCAAUUACAACAGAGGACGCAAGUCGUGGACAGUGCUACUGUAUUAAGCAACAAUAUCCCGCCAAUUUCAUCGCCGCUCCAACCAGCAACAGCCGUGUCAACGUCUGACGACGGCACAAAUGCACCGCAUGUAGUAGCUGCACUCGCAUCUGGGUUGCAGCAUGAAGCGCUUCCACACCGUGAUCCUGACUCAUCACAGCGCGCGAGUGGAUCACAAUCAACAAGUCGAGGUCAAAGAAACCGACGAAGUCCUUACCGAAGUUUCUCAUGUAGUCGCAGCAGGUCAAGAUCAACCAGUCAACAUAGCCGUCGUUCAAACUCACCAGACAGUCAGCACAGACGCCGUCGAAGGUCACGGCGAAGUAAUAGCUCCGACCGAAGCCGCGGUCGCAGCCCGUGUCGAAGUCGAAGUAGAGGGAAGAGCCGUAAGCGAGAUCAGAAGCGUAGUCCACGCCGAUCGGUUUCUCGAUCACGGUCUACAGAGCGUCGAAGGCGUUAA